GGCACGGGACAAACCAGAUGGGUGGAAUCAGAUGCUUCUAUUGACCCUAGCAGAUCACCAGAUGAAAAUAAUCCUUUUGACCUUUAGCAAGAGUUCAAGCCUCAUAAAAAUCAGAAAUGUGUUGACAGGUUAGUUGAACAUACGAACACAAAAUACUGUCAUUGAGCCAGGAUGUAAUAAUGUUAUAGUGUGUGACAUCAUAUGUGUGCUAAUUAGAAGAGAAUAUUAUUUUUUGGAAUACUGGUUGUGGUUACAGGCUGAUAUGUUGCAUAGCCCAAGUUCUAGGUUAGGUUGAGAGGUGACAGUUUCGUUGUGAGCUGCAGGAAUAUCAAAAUUCUGUUCUGACAAUGAACACAAGAAGUAUACUAAAGCUAAAAGACUAAGAUUCUACAGGUUGAGAUGGGAUACUCAUAAAGGCAGCAUGGGAUUCCCCCUGGCUAGUAACUCCCUAUCUCCAGGUUUUCGCAUGAUCCAUGAGCUCAUUGUACCUAAGGAUGUCCCAUUUAUGGAGAGUGUUUUACAAAGCAAAGGAAAAAUUCGAAUUUUCAAACUUGGUGGUGAGGAGUCUGCACUUGUGGCAAUUUUUACUGAAGAUCUGAAGAAACACGUGUUGAAAUGGUGUGCUGAAAAACCAAUAAUCACACGUUUUUUGAAUGAUGUUUUACCGGAAAUUGAUGAUGUGAGCAUUGAUAAGAGUGUACUUCAAAAAAAGUUCACUCUUUCGGAGCAUGAUAUAAGAUUUUUGUUUGGAUGUGGUCUGCUAACAUUAAGAUCAGCUUCGAGUUUUUGGUUCUCUUUUCCAAAUGCUGGAGAUUUCAUGAAAACUUACUUAAAGGGGAGGAAAGCUGUCCUAGCAACAAUAAAGAGGAGCAAGUUCAGUGAAAUUCUACAGCCUGAGCUUGAACAGCGGAAGUUGAAGAAGUCCGAGAAGUUUGGUAUGGUGUUCUACAUUUGCGACAUAAUUGGUGCUGACUUGGUUGAAUGUAUAGAAACAACAUCUGGAAAUCUUCUGAGAUUACGGAAGAAGAAAUAAAGAUUUUCCAUAUCUGAAAUAAA